AUGGCUCUCUUUGGGAGCGCUACGUAUGCGAUCGCUAGUUGCUCGAUGCUACUUUCAAUCCUGUUUGUGUGCUUGGCGCUCUUCCGAGUAUGGAGUUUACGUCGAGCUCCCGUCGUUGUUAUCUCCGGCUUCUUGGGAUGGGCUAAGAUACUUCUGUUAAUUCUUCUUAUUUUAUCAAGCGUAGGGCGUUUUGUUGCAUUAGGGGAUUCGACGCCUAAUAGUACCUAUGUCCGUGCUUCUCAGGGUCUAGAGGUUGCUGCGGUUCUCGCGCUCUGUGUUCUAUCAUUGAUAGAGCAUCGGCGAAGCAUUCAACCAUCUAGCAUAAUCACUCUAUACCUUACCGCGUGUGUUAUUCGGGAUGUCCUUGAGGUAUCCAGGAAAUCCCAAGGACAGCGUAGUUGGCUUAUGCAAGAUCCAAUUCUCGCGCAGAUAACUCUAGAGGCUGCUCUACUUGCGACCGAAAACCUCCAAAAGGAACUGACCAAAGAGUACUCGGGACAGUAUGUAUCGCCCGAGGAAAGAUCCGGCGUUUUUGGCAGGAUAUUCUUCUGGUGGAUCAAUCCAGUUCUCGUGGAAGGGUAUCACAAUGUCCUUCUAAACUCCAAUUUGCCUUCUAUCGAUACAAAGUUGCUAUCGAAGCCCAUUCGUACUGUAGCAAUACGCGCAUGGGAGCAAAGACUGAAACCCGAGAGCAGGAUGACACUCCCAAAAGUACUAUUCGUGUCUCUUAAAAGGCCAUUCUUGUUAGCCAUACCACCGCGACUCUUCCUCACUUUAUUCCGAUAUUCGCAACCAAUUAUCAUCCGUCAAAGUAUCCAAUAUGUUACCAGAAAUAAGCCGUCAAACCAGACAUGGACUGCGCACAGUCUUAUUACAGCUGCAGUUGUCGUCUACGUCGGCUUAGCUAUUUCCACUACAGUUUAUCAGAGUCACCUCAAUAAACUGAGAGUAAUGAUACGGGCCGCUCUUAUAGCAUUGAUUAAUGAUAAAACUAUGAACUCUUACGCCGAAAGUGUGAGUGAGGGCAAAGUCUUGACACUCACAAGUACCGACGUGGAUAACCUCGACACAAUUGGCGAAAUGUUCCACGAAACUUGGGGACAGGUUUUCGAAGUUGCCAUCGGCAUCGCGAUGCUAUCUUGGGAAGUCGGUUGGCUGGCCCCCGUGCCCCUUUUUAUCAUUUUCCUAUGUUCUCGUAUGAGUCGGUACGUCGCAAAAAACUUACGGUCGAGACAAGGUGGAUGGAAUGAAGCGACGCAGAACCGCAUUUCUAUGACAAGUGCCGCUAUCAGUGCUAUUAAGAACGUCAAGAUGCUUGGCUUGCAAGACGUGAUAUCGGAACGCAUUCAAAGACUUCGACAGACUGAGCUCCAUAUGGCAAGUAGAGUACGGUGGAUGACGGUUGCUUAUAACGCGUCCGCAAAUGCCAAUGGGAUGUUUGCGCCAGUUAUCACCCUUGUACUCUAUGCCAUCUUAGCCAAGUCGAGAGGCAAUCAACUGGACACUGAGACUGCAUUCACAACUAUUGCCAUUCUAAGCAUGGUGACACACCCGGCGAACAUGGUUAUGACUAUUGUGCCUAGGGUCAUUGCAUCUUUUGCCAGUUUUGAGAGAAUCCAAAGCUUCCUUCUUGAACUUCCUCGCCAGGACUACAGGAUUGAGAUUGUCAACUCACAAGCGACCCCCGAAUUGAAUAACUCUGGGGAUGCCGAUCUCCAUCCCGCUUCACAUUCAGCUUUCAGUGUAAUAGGGGUUUCUGUUGGGGGAUCUCGCUCAGUUCUAAACGAUAUUAGUUUGACCGUGCAGAAAGGGUCUAUUGUCAUUUGCUCCGGUGCAACAGCUGCCGGGAAGACAACCUUAGUCCGUGCUCUCCUAGGCGAGACCCCUUCGGUCGGAACUAUUGCAGUAUCCUCCAAACGUAUUGGUUACUGCUCUCAACUACCGUGGCUACCGAAUGGGACCAUUAAGCAAGUUAUAACUGGAUUUGAGGAUUGUUCUUCUGUUGUCGACGCAAGAUGGUAUGAGACAGUAGUCACUGCUUGCUGUCUAUCGAAAGACAUUGAGACGCUUCCAAGCAAGGACGAAACCAUCGUAGGGAGUCGAGGGGCUAAUCUCUCAGGAGGUCAGCGCCAGCGCUUAGUCCUUGCGCGUGCAAUCAUCUCCCGGUCGGAAAUUCUCUUUCUAGAUGAUCCAUUUAGUGCCCUGGAUGGAAGCACCGAGCAUCAAAUCAUCGAAAACUUAUUUGGGUCAGACGGUCUUCUUAGAAAACUUGGAAUAACGGUGAUCUUGAUUAGCAACUCUACCCAUCACUUUCGUUUGGCAGAUGAGGUUAUCAUCCUCGAAGGUGGGCGCAUUAAGGAGCAAGGCAAAUGGAACGAGCUACUGUCUCGAGAUCCUCAAGUAUUGAAAAUAAUCCUAAACGAAGAUAACACCCAUGAGAACAAGAAUACCCCUGUGGAUAAUAAUAAUCCCCUUUUGCGGCAGCAGCGAUCAUAUGACGACACUGCUAUUGAUUCGAAGCGAAAAACAGGUGACUCGGCGCUCUAUACGGCCGGAAUGAGAAAUUUCGCGUUCAUGAUAACUUGUAUCGCAUCUUACUCCUUCUUUUUUACUUUUCCCCAGUAUUGGUUGAAGCUAUGGACGGAUUCGAGAUCAAGCAAUGAGUGGAUCUUUAUUGGAGGAUACAUUGCCCUAAAUCUCAUCGCUUGGGUCUUUACGAAUGGAAUUAUGUGGUCUACUAUCAUGCUUGUUGCUCCUCAUUCGGGACUUGUCUUACACUCGAAGCUCCUUACAAUAAUUACGCGUGCACCUUUGCUAUACUUCUCGAAGACUGACAGCGGGUCGAUCUUGAACCGAUUCAGUCAAGACAUUCAGCUUGUUGAUAAGCAGCUUGCUUCUGCUUUGUCAACAUUAUUCGUUCAGACCUUCAAGCUUCUUAAUCAGGUUAUCUUCCUAUUUGUUGUCCAAAAGCUACUAACACUCACGUUGCCAAUAUGUCUUAUAAUCGUCUACCUCGUGCAGAAGAUAUACCUUCGAACAUCACGGCAACUACGGCUCUUAGAGCUUGAAUCAAGAUCUGCUGUUUUAAUAGAAUUUUUAGAGACGGUAGAAGGAUUGCCUACAAUACGCGCAUUUGCAGGCCAAUCCAAAGCAGAAAAUAAGCAUAUAAAGAACUUGGACGAAUCGCAGAAGCCAUUUUACCUUCUUCUGUGUCUUCAGUGCUGGCUCAGGAUUGUUCUAGAUCUGCUCGUCGCGGGGAUAGCUGUCGGAGUCAUUGCCCUUGCUGUCGCUCUCCGGGAUACCACUUCGGGUGGCCAAGUCGGUGUUGCCCUAAACAUUGUGCUGGUCGCCAACACUACGCUUCUCCGACUUGUUGAAUCGUGGACCAAUCUGGAAAUAUCUCUCGGUGCCAUCUCUAGGAUCAAGACACUAGAAGAGGAAGUGCCCCCCGAGGAUCAGCCAUCCGAAACCAAUAUACCUCCGGAGACAUGGCCGUCUUCUGGCUCCGUCGAGAUUCAAGCCCUUACGGCUGCUUAUAAUGAGGAAAGCAUGGCGCUUAAAGAUGUGUACCUACAGGUUAAGCCUGGGCAAAAGGUGGUUGUGUGUGGCCGAACUGGGAGUGGUAAAAGCUCUUUACUGCUCACUCUUCUUAGGUUAUUAGAUACGAAAUCGGGUUCAAUUAUAGUCGACGGUAUAAAUAUCAGCCACGUGCCUCGUUCGACAAUACGAGAACGCUGCUUUGUGACGGUACCUCAAGAGCCCUUGCUUCUCAAUCAACAAACCCUUCGAUUCAAUGUAGACCCAACGGAGACUCUCUCCAACGAUACUAUAAUUGACGCUCUCUCUAAAGCGCGCUUGUGGCAUCAUUUUAAUUCUACCCUGAACCUUGACAGAUUGCACGACGCCCAUUCAAGCACUCAUCCGAUCCUAGAUCAAACACUCGCAUCGCUCCCGUCUCUUUCGGUCGGACAGGGACAGCUGCUAGCUCUAGCACGUGCACUAUUACAAGUAUACACCAUAAAUACAUCGGGUGCAAAACCGAUAAUUUUGCUCGAUGAGGCUACUUCAUCCCUUGACUCGUCAACUGAGAAGCUGAUACUCGAUAUUGUCCACGAAGAGCUCACCUGCAAAGGACAUACCGUAAUCAUGGUUGCGCAUAGAGUGGGUGCAGCCGUGGCCCACUUGAGGAAAGGGGUAGAUGUUGUGGUCUGGAUGAAGGAUGGAAGGAUUGAGAAGAUAAGGGAUGCGGAUGAGAUUAUGAACAUAACAACGCAAGCUAUUACUCCCGAUAUUAUCGGCGAGGAUUACGAGGGGAGCAAGUAA